CGCUCGGCUACGCUGGGCGCGGCGCGAGCGGAAGUGGCGACGCUGGCGUCCCCGGAGUCUGCGGCGGGCGGCAGUGACGGCCCCAGCGCUGACGGCGGCGGCCCGGGGGGCGGCGUGGACGCCCACGGCGCCGGCUGGGGCAUCACCGCCGGCCUCGACCCCGAAAUGGCGCUGCUGGCGGAGCACCUGCUGAAGCCGCUGCCCGCGGACAAGCAGAUCGAGACGGGGCCCUUCCUGGAGGCGGUGUCCCACCUGCCGCCCUUCUUCGAUUGCCUCGGGUCCCCAGUGUUUACUCCCAUCAAGGCAGACAUAAGCGGCAACAUCACGAAAAUCAAGGCGGUUUAUGACACCAACCCAGCCAAGUUCCGGACCCUGCAGAAUAUCCUGGAGGUGGAGAAGGAAAUGUACGGAGCAGAGUGGCCCAAAGUGGGAGCCACGCUGGCACUCAUGUGGCUGAAAAGAGGCCUCCGUUUCAUCCAGGUCUUCCUCCAGAGCAUCUGUGACGGGGAGCGGGAUGAGAAUCACCCCAACCUCAUCCGUGUCAACGCCACCAAGGCCUACGAGAUGGCCCUCAAGAAGUAUCAUGGCUGGAUCGUGCAGAAGAUCUUCCAGGCAGCGCUGUAUGCGGCUCCCUACAAGUCCGACUUCCUGAAAGCACUCUCCAAGGGUCAGAACGUGACGGAGGAGGAGUGCCUGGAGAAGGUCCGCCUCUUCCUGGUCAACUACACGGCCACCAUUGACGUCAUCUACGAGAUGUACACCAAGAUGAACGCUGAGCUCAACUACAAGGUGUAGGCACGACCGGGGCAGGGGGCCCCUCACAGCACCUGGAGAACCCGAAUCACUGUGAAUCAAGCCGGCAGGCCACCCCUGGAGCCACCCAGAGGCCGGUGGAGGCCUGCAGGGGACGGCAAGCCCUGAUUUUCUUUUUUUAAAAAGUCAUUUUGGGUGGUUAUCCUAACGGAGCAAUAUAUAACAGUCCUACUUCCGAAUCCCCUUUGAAUUUCACAACAGCACAGACUGACUUCCAUCCCUCCAUUUCAGUGUGGUAAAAAUCAAUUAAUGUUUCUAAUCAAGUCCUAAGGGUUUUUUUUUUCCCCUUUCUCUCUUUUUUUCUUCCUCCCCAUGCGGAGCAUAACUCUGGGGGGAGCUGUGUGUCAUACACCUCACUUGAAAAAGAAGCACAUGUCCUUAGGAUCCAACCAAAUGAUGUUUUGGGUAUUUUAAGGACCAUGAGGAGUUUGAUUUAAAAUUACACAGGGCCCCUGCAGUGGGCAUUUUUUUUUUUUUUUUUUAAAGCAAACUGGUGUGUCUUCUCAUGUGGUUUGUAUGGCCUGACCUCACAACACUGUCAUUAUCGAUCCUGCUUUUUCUUACUGUCUUUGGCCAGACGGUGUUUUUAUAGCUGAAACCAACCAGCAAGCCUUUGAUGGGCAAGUGGGGGGGGGUGUUAUUUUAAAGCUAUCAGGCACAAAUAAGUGACCACAGUUGACUAUAUUUGCAUUCUUCUGCAUAGUAGUUUUCUUCAGGGACAGCUUUUCCAACCUAAGAAACUACCGACCAUGUGUAUUCUCUCAAAGGGGGAGAGGGCAAACCCUCCCAUCUGCUGAGACCCAGGGAAACGCCUCACUGCCUUAACUGUCCUUCCUGGCACUAAAAAGAGCUGUAUUUUUUAACGCGUUGGGGUAAACAGAGCAACCCCAGAGGAACUGAUGUGUGUUACAAACCCAAUGAGGAACAAUUGGUGAUUUUUAUGCGAGAAACUAAAUGAUCCUUAAUAAAUAAAUCUUUAUUUUGGAAUCA